CCAGAACCCACAUAAACACAAACAAUGCCCCCACAAAUCCCACGAUGCGCCAAUCCUACCAUGACAUCGAAAAAGGCAAGCCUUCAAUCCGCAUCGACGACGACCAAAACUCCCACUCCGAAGAAAAAUCCUGGUUCCGAUCCUUCUUCCGCCGCCCAACUCCGUCUAAAUCCUCCAGCCACCAAAGACACCCCUCCCAUCUUUCAUUGUCCGGUCAAAAUACCGUAUCCACGAAUGCUUGGGCUGGGGUGAGCUGGAGCCGUGGAAGUGGUGAAUUCAGCCCGAGUCCUACUAGGAGGGAUUUUAUUCGGGUGAGGCAGGAGAUUAGCCAGGAGAGUGUUGUGCAGGAGGUCGUAUGAGGCGCUUUAAGUUGAUCUGCUAUGCGAUAUAGAUACCCUGGGGUUGUAGGGUCUACGUACUCUCGUUCCUUUCUUUGCUUUUUCAUCUUGCAUGAUGUUUACAUAGGUAGCUUGAUAAAAGCAAUUAAUCUAAUUCUACUGAAGGCUAAGACAGUAUCAGAGUGGAGUGUAUUUGAAUAGUUCAACUAGAUAUCAAGCUCCUACGCACUACACUAUGAU